AUGAAUAAGAAAAAGGAAUGGAUGAUAUUAUGUGACACCAGCAAAACUGCAAAGGGAUCCAAAGAUAAGAUCGCUUGCAUAAAGUUCCAUGGAGCACAACUCGAAACUGGAAAGUGUCAAACAAGUGUAGAAAAAGGAAACACUGCUACAGUAGAGACCAAAACUGGUUCGAAUGUGGAUGUGAAACCAUUGACUAUGAAUGUUAUUCUUUCUGCUAUAGGGUACAUAUAG